GUCGUGUGAAUUACCCUUACAAUAAGUAAAAUUACAUAUUUCAAAAAAAGUAAAUCAGAUCAUCUGAAUUUUUAUGACUUAUCGCUGUCCGUUUUUGUUCUGAACCAGAUUGAUGAAUUGUUGGUGCAAUGAAUUAGUUAUGGUUUAGAAACAAAGAGUGUUUCGUUUACUUCAGAGAGUUAGUGAAUUUUUCUAGAAUAUGUGAACUAUUCAUAGAUCCAGAUGAACCAGCUGUGCAAGGUAUGCGGGGAACCUGCGGCAGGUUUCCACUUUGGAGCAUUUACCUGCGAAGGAUGCAAGUCAUUUUUUGGCCGCACCUACAACAACCUGAGCUCCAUCUCCGAAUGCAAGAACAACGGGGAAUGCGUCAUCAACAAGAAGAACCGCACAGCUUGCAAGGCCUGCCGCCUGAGGAAGUGCCUCUUUGUGGGCAUGUCAAAAAGCGGGUCCAGAUACGGAAGACGUUCGAAUUGGUUCAAGAUACAUUGCCUCCUUCAGGAACAACAGUCCGGACAGAACAUGAACAUGGCGGCUGCGUUGCUCAGACCUCACCCUUACCUAACCCCGUUCAUCCGCCCCCCUGCAGCCACGUCGACAAGGGACACAAGGAGCUCGGAGUCAGAUAGCGGGGCUUCUUCCAUCGACGUGGAGGAAGAUACGAAAUCCCCCUUCCACGAGAGCACCACCAAGCCAUGCUCGUCCCCUCCAAGUGACCGCGAGUGCCUUUCAGCUCAAUCCUCCAAGAAUAAUCCGUCAUCGGUUAGUGAUAGCGAAUAUUUCGCGAGAAGGAAAGUGAUACAUUGUCCGAUUCCAUCUCCGUCUCCCACAUCUCUCCCUCCCAAUGGGGUUAUGCCGAAAUGGCUGCCGCCCCUGUCGGUUUUCAGUGAUCCCUCGACAUGGAAAGACUACUGGGUGAAAAUUCCAUUUCCGCCGAUCGCGAUAACACCGCCCACUUGUCAGGAUCAGCCGAUAGACUUAUCAGUGAAAACGAGUCCUCUCGUCUGUUGUGUCGAUUCCGAUAGUGGACACAGUAAGAGCAAGUCUGAAGGACACUUGAAAUCGGCGCCUUUGGAUCUCACCCUGAAUCGGCAAACGACAGAUGUUACUAACUGUUGAAUCUAACAUGUUCCUUUACACGAGCGUUCGAACAAAAAUCUUGUGAGCCUAAAAUUGUCAAACUUGGCUUGUACGUCCGAGAUUGGAUUUGAAUGCUCGAUAUACCCAUUUUGAAAGAUCCAUUGAAAUACCUCAUUUGAAAGAGCCUGGAUCAAAAAA